UGAAUUAGUUUGAGGAGUUUAGGUGGUUUAUAGAUCGAAUAAACUGCGCAGCGCCAGGCAUACAUUCGUGAAUAAACAGGAUAUUCAUUUACGCUGUCAGAAGAACUAUCAACGAAGCCAACUAAUAAACAAUAAAAAGGUCCUGAAUGAAAUGCAGUGUCUAAAGUUAGAACUGUGAGAGUGAAGUUUCUGCUGGAAAUUGUCCAACCAAAGAUAACCUGCUGAAAAUCCAAGACUGUAGCUGGAAUGGAGAACAAAACCAAUGGAUCAGUGGAAGCCAAGCCUAAGGUGGAGAAUGGACAGCUGCCGGAUCCUGCUGACUGGGCGGUUACUGAUGUCGUUAACUAUUUCAAAGCUGCAGGAUUUGAAGAGCAGGCUACUGCUUUCCAGGACCAGGAAAUCGAUGGAAAGUCUUUGCUUCUGAUGACGCGGAACGAUGUCCUGACAGGCCUGUCCAUCAAACUGGGGCCAGCACUGAAGAUCUACGAGUACCAUGUGAAGCCACUCCAGACCCAGCAUCUGAAGAGUAAUGCUAAUGCAUCAUAGCAUCACCCCAUGCUCUUCCAUGUGCAACAGGACAGUCAUCUAUGGAGGGUUGAGAGGCUGGACGGACAGACCAGGCUGAAGACGUUUAUGGACAGCAGAAGAUGGUGCUUAGAAAACUUAUUUGCAUCCUUAUGCAAUGUCAAUGUACUUUUACUUGAAGUGAUGACCGAUGCCAAAUGGUUUACGCCGUGAAAUUAAUUUACAAAAGACAUGGCAGUGAUCAUACGGUUUUUAGUUAACUGAGUGAUAUUAGUUUAUGAAAGUAAGGACUUGAUUCCUUUAUUUGAAUAAAAUUAUUUUACAGGUCUUAAAGUACACUGUACAGGUUUGUUUAGUUUUUCCUAAGUUUGUUUCAAAAUAUUCUAAUCAAGCAUGCUACUGAAGCGGAUUCAACCGAAUUGGUUAAUUUAGGAGACAGUCCUUUUCAGAUGGACGCAAAGGUGCACUAGAUGUCUGACCUGCUGAUAAAUGUCCUAACCUUGUCUUGAUAUUUUCAUUAUAUACAAACUUUUGAACACGGUUUUGAUUUCAGAAAAAAAAUGCAUGGUAAUUAAUUGGAGGAAAUGUGUUUGAAGCAGUCUUAGAAAUAUUGCUCCUCCAUCACUGAAUUUUUUUCCCUAAUGAGCCACUAUGAAUAUUAGAUGAUCAAAUCAGUAUCUUUAAGCAUCAUGUACAUCAAUGAUCUAUUUAAAGUGAUGCUCUGGGAACUUUGUAUAAUCUCAGCCUGUAGUUUUGAAAGUGGUGCUUACAAGCCAAAACGGGUCCCCAUUUUGUGUACUGUUUUACAAAUUUGUGCAUAAGAUCCCAGACUGCAUAUUUAAGCACUUGGGGGUGGGGAAUAUAGGUUCAUAAGUGUUCUUUGAUUUCCUUAUUUACCAUAUUCUUUCAUCUUAAAAUGGUGGCUUUUUUUUUGAUUGAUAUGGAUGUUUUUAUCAAAAGUAGUAGUCUUUCCCUUUUGUAUUGUUAAGGUGCUCUGUUUGCAUUCUGUUAUGAAAUAAACUACUUGCAUCUAAGAUUUGAGAUACCACUAUCAGUCGGACCAAAGAACGAUUAGCAAACAAUCAUGUAGAGAAAGAAUAAUGUUUUAAUUUCUAAAUACAAAAAGUCAAGAACAAUGAUGAAUAAAAUAGAAAAAGGCACAAUAAUUUACUUGAAAACCAUCCUGUGCCAUAAAAAAUAAACCUGUAAUAAUUUCCUCUAAGGUGGUUUGCUGAAAAUAGAUGGCAAGUCUUCCUUACAUGAUUUCUGACACGUUAUUCUACACUUCAUGAGAUUCUGUGGCAGUGGAAUGCCAUGGGAAAUGAAUAGCAGUGUUGAGGUCAACUUUUUCCCUGUAGCAUCAAAACAAAGGCC